AUGGCGACGUCGAGCCAGAUCAAACGAUCCCCGAACCACUUGGAAGCGAAAGACGUGAAGAGGCAAAGACAAUUUUAUCACCACCACCAUCGCCUGCUCGAACCUGUGGUCUUGCCGCAGGCCUGCGAGCCCGCUCUUCAGGAUGACGACAAUGUUGAUCAGAUGAUGAACCGGACUCUGGGCCUUGCCCUUCGACAUGCAGGCUUUGAUCUGGCAGACCCAGCGGCGCUCAACAGUUUCCGCAGUGCCACUGAAGAAUACCUUCUUCAUGUCGCCAAGUUUGUGCGCCAAUCGAUGCUUUCGUCAAGGCGACUGCAGCCUAUACCGCAGGAUUUUGACUACGCGCUAAACCACCAUCGCAUCACGCCGGAUGACCUCCGUCCAUACCUGAAGACUCCUCCUACGGGGAUCCAUACCCGCGUUCUGCCGCCGUCGCCUCCUCCAGAAGACGAAGUCAAACGGAAGCUCCCAUUCCUGAAUUCUCUCCGGCACGAAGAAAGCGAGACCAAUCGCUCCUACGUGCCAAAGCAUUUCCCCGACUUUCCAAGCAAACACACUUACUCAUCCACGCCAGUCUUUACCGAGCGCGAUAAUGACCCUCGCAAGAUUCGAGAGCGUGCUGCCGAAGAUGGACGCCACGGUGAGGAGGCUCUACGGAAACUGGCUAGCGCGGCAUACCGCAACAGUCCUACAGGCGUGAGUGGACGAGACAAGAAGCUUUGGGGCCGACGAGCAGAGAGCAUGGAGACAAUGUUCGAGAAGACCAUUCGAGGGUUGACCAAGAAGCUACAAAAAGACCCACUUUCGGUCCCGGGGGCAAAUGUCGUCAGCGCUGGAGGAUCCGCGAUGGAGAUUGAUUCGGGCCUUGUUGGAGAUGCGGACAAGAGUCGAACCAAGCUCCUGGGCGAUCUUGACAUGGGCCCCAUUGUGAAUUGUGAGCGUGACUACUGGCGGCGAACGACAGCGGCCAGCAGCCGUAAUGUGGAAGACAAAGUGGUCAAAUCCAAGUCGGGCCUAGAAGGUGUUAACGGCCUGAUCGGAUCCUGA